CGAGCUACGAAGUAGUUAAGUACUGUUGCGGGGUACAUGAGUGUUGGCACGUUAUAUGGCAGAGUCAGUAGAUAAUUAUUGUUGUCCACCUUGGAACUUUUCGUGGAUCGUUCAGAAUGAAUUAGCUGGAAUGGCAUGGCCACAGACCGCUGCGAAUAUUCGUUUCUUGAUUAAUGAGGGAAUAAAACACAUUGUAACACUAUCUCCAGAGAAGAAACCUCCUGUUCACGCAUUUCCAGACAUCGCGUGGACAGAAAUUCCCAUAAAAGAAUUUCGAUCGCCAUCGAUAACCCAGAUUAAAAAGUUUAUAAAAAUUUGCGAAUUUGCCUUAAAAAAGAGUGAGCCAGUAGGUGUCCACUGCCGAAUGGGACGAGGAAGAACAGGUGUAAUGGCAGCAUGUUAUCUUGUGAGGUUUCAUGAUGUAUCACCAGAGAGAGCAAUAACAAAUGUUAGACUCAUGCGACCUGGGUCUGUAGAAACAUAUGAACAAGAAAAAGCUGUUAUUGCAUACACUGAUUAUCUUCGCAGCAGUAAUGAGCUAGCAAAUCUGUUUUCCAGACGGAUCACCAUCCUGAGCCUGUCAUCGUAGCUGAGCAUGUGAAACUAUUCCCAUGUUUGGAAGUACUUAUCGACAUGAGCAGCUAUUUUCAAUUACGAAAGCAAAUGAAUCUCCGGUCAGAUUAAAAACUUCAGACUUUCACCUUGGGUCAGUUUUGAAAGUAAUUACUGAAUGAAAGUUUUCUCCUGAAAUAUGGAAGACAGUACCAGGAAAGAGAUGUCGGGAAGAAAACAUUAAUAUUAUCAUUGUUCCUGCACUCUGUAAUAUAUUUUUUCUAAAUAAAUUUAUGUUUUUACGAAAAUGA